AUGAUAAAAAGCUUGGCAAGAAGAAGGUUGAGCGUUCCGGUUGUUUCUAUCGCGGAAGAACCGGGGAUCGGAAAGAGAGAUUCUUAUUUGAGACGGGGGUCUAUUCCGAAUCCAGAGCCAAUUCCAGAACAUGACAUGACGCACUCGGCAUGCCUCCCGUCCUUCGGCACGUCCAAUUGUCGCCAGUUUGCCGAGAACAUCUUCGACAAGUCGAAAUGCAAGAACUGCAUGAAGCCACGCGAAGAUCACGUCGGCCUGGCGUCUGCUGUCGUAAGGGCUAAGCCGGUACAUUAUGGAUGGUUAGGACUUGCUCCACCAGGGUGGAGUGUCGGCGCUGGUCGCCGAUGGCAACGCAGGUUUUUCAUCCUCUUCGAUUUGGGCACACUUUCCUGGGCACUUGACGACAACGCGGGCACCGAACCAGCUGGAUCCAUUGACUUGAACAAGCCGUUUUCAGUUGAGAAAGCGGAGAAUCUCACGCAGCUUCCAAAUACCAUCUGUAUAACGUCCAAAGAUGAUGGCAGCCAGAUCUUGGUCCGAUCGGAUAACAGUGAAGAGUUCAUUUUCUGGUUCAAGAGCAUGCAAAAAAUGAUUGCAGAUUGCGAGGAAAAGGCAAAGGAAGACAAGCGGAAGAAGAAGAUGCUGGCAAACAGACGACGACAUCACACAGUUUCGGUGACUGCGACGAACAGUGCACUCGCUGAGGCCCGGACGAGUUUCAACCGCGAGCGGCGCCAUCAAACCAUGACAAACAGCUCCGGCGGCCUCACAAAACGCGAAAGACCAACUUCCCUCGCCACUACCAUUCCUGUUCAAUCAUCCGCUCCUCCUACUCCUACAGGGAGCGGACUAACACCAGCUUUAUGUCGUCUUGUCUCUCCACAAGCUCUACCGAUUCUAGAAAAUGACAAGCCAACGAGCCCGGAUCACAAAUCGACCAGUCCCACUGGUCUCACGCCUUCUGCGUCUUCAAGAGCUGAAGUCGACCGACUCGGGCGCAAAGAUCGACGAAUUCAAAGCUCGCGCAUCGCAGAAUCUUACAAUCGUCCUUAUACCUCUAGCACCUCCACAUCUUCGUAUUCUGGGCGUAGCGCGUCUGUUGAUCGACGUGUGAACUACGGCGCAGAAGCUCGUGCCAGGACGGCAUCUUCAGACGCCGCCAGCCCCUUGAAGGCAUCCUGGCUGUCCCUCGUCAACGCAAGUGGCUUCGCCGAGGCGGCGUCGCAAGUCGAUACCUCCUCCUCGAAUCGUAUGUGGUUUACCUUGUUGCCCAGUCGCCUCAUUGCCUACGCCAGCCCAUCGAGUUCGUCUGUUCUCUUUGAACUCGAGCUGCGCAAGGCUACAGUGAAAUCUUACGAUGGAGAGAAGAACAAAUACGCCUGUUUCAUCGUUUCUUCGGCCGAGAAAGCGCUCACGAUCGGCGCACUGACCGAAAAGAUCCGACGAAAUUGGAUUGAAACACUCGAAGACGCAAUCAACGCAAAGGGAUCGAGAUCGAGCUCGAUUUCUAGCUCCAGUGAUCAACCCGGAGCAGAUAUUACCAAUCUGCCUCCAAAAUCCGCCACCACCGAGUUCUUCUCGCGGCAGUUCCUCAUCCAUGACAUCUUCCUCUUCAGUGGCGACCAGCGUGCUGAGCUCGUCCGCCUUUUCCGACCAAAACCGAGUGCCUCCAGUCUUUUCCGAAAUUACACCGACCGCAGUAGUACGACCCCAAGAAGUCGUCAAGCCAACGAGUACGACGGAACCCGAAGUUACCGAUCCGCUAGCGCUAAAAGUGACCUCCCGAGAUUCUCCACCGCUCAGAAGAAGACGCAAUCGAGAUCGACGAGAUCGUGGAGAUCGGUCAAAGACUCUCGAUCCUUCUGA